AAUUAGACAGAUUUGUACUUUGAAUUUAUUCGAAUAAAUAAGAUUUCGCUAAAGUGAGAUGGCGUUUGUUAGCAACAACCUGUACGUUUAUUGUGAUGCUUUUUCAUAAUUUUCCGCAACUUGAAUAAUAUUCCACUUUUUGACCAGUGCAGCUUUUGUACUGAUGUAUGCAAUAAAGAACUUCGCCACGCGCUGGUCCCCACUCAACAUCAAGAGCAGAAGCUGAAAACUAUCCUACAAAAAUUGGGCAGUUCCACUUUCCAAUUAACCAGCUAUCCUACGUGUGAUAAAUGCCACCAAGAGUUCACAAUCGUCCAUAAUAUUCCCGAGAGCUGCUUCCAAAUUUUGCCCACCGCCAAACCGGCUAACAUCAAGGUGGAGCCAGAGUUAAUGAUAGAUGACCACGAGCUAUCGGAUAAUAAUAACACUUUCGAGAUAGACUCAAUGGCGAACUUUACGCCAAGUGAACAGGAAACCAAAAUGCACAUCAAAGGAGAACAAGGAGAGGUAUUCUCCAUCAACAUAAUGGACGAAAGCGACGAUGAUAUAUCACUGAUUCCGGUUGCUAGAACAAAUACACAAAGAAAAAGCGAUCUGGGUGCUUUGCAGAAGAAAGUUAACUCACCUUCAGUCCGUCAUAAACAUGGGAAAGGCUUGACGGAUGAAGACCACGUGCAGUUACACUCGGGGAAGAAACCGCUCAAAUGUGAGAAGUGUGGAGAAAUAUUUAGAACAAAAUACAGAUUCAAACAGCACAUACGAAUUCAUACAGAUGAACGUCCCUUUUCUUGUCCACAUUGUUCAAAAGAGUUUAAAUGUCACACAUCGCUCAAAUAUCAUAUUCUUGCUCACACUGAUAAUCCUUCCUAUUCCUGCCCACAUUGUCCGAAAGCGUUUUGGAAUCCUUCAACGCUCAAAAUUCACAUUCGUACUCAUACAGAUGAACGUCCCUUUGCUUGUCCCCGCUGUUCGAGUGCGUUCAGGGAUCGUGGAAUGUUAAAGCGGCACAUUCGAAGUCAUACGGGUGAACGUCCCUAUUCGUGUCAACAUUGUCCCAAAGCAUUUACGAAUUCUGCAGGGUUAAUACAGCACACCCGAAUUCAUACGGGUGAACGCCCCCAUUCGUGUCCACAUUGUCCCAAAGCAUUUAUAAAUUCCUCACUGCUUCGAAGACACAUUCGAUCUCAUACGGGUGAACGUCCCUUUCCUUGUCCACAUUGUUCGAAAGCGUUUAUGGAUCCUGCAACGCUAAAGCGGCACACUCGACUUCAUACGGGACGUCCCUUUGCGUGUCCACUUUGUCCCAAAGCAUAUGCGCAUUCUUGGCCGCUUCAAAAGCACAUUCGAACUCAUACGGGUGAACGACCAUUUCCUUGUCCACAUUGCUCAAUCGCGUUUACGGAUACUUACACGCUAAAGCGGCACAUUCGAGUUCAUACGGGUGAACGGCCCUAUCCGUGUCCACAUUGUCCCAAAGCAUUCAAGAAUUCUUCGGGGCAAAGAAGACACAUAAAUACACACGGUAGUGAUACAAGCGGCUUGGAGCAGGAAUCGGAGGUGAUCGUGAAGGAAGAAAUAACUGCUGAUGCUGAAGAAUCCAUGUCGUCGCAAGCGAAUGAAAAAUAAACUGAGUGAAUUAGUGCAUAG